CCAGCAGAUCCUCCACGUCCCAGCGACUCGGGUCCACGCCAUGGCGGACUCGGAACGCUUCUCGGCCCCAGGCUGCUGGGCAGCAUGUACUAACUUUUGGCGCACCAGAAAGGGAAUCCUUCUGUUUGCUGAAAUUGUAUUGUGCCUGGUGAUUCUGAUUUGCUUCAGUACAUCAACAUCAGCAUACUCCUUCCUGUCGGUGAUUGAGAUGAUCUUUGCUGCUGUCUUGUUUAUCUUCUACAUGUGUGACCUGCACACCAAGAUACCAUUUAUCAACUGGCCCUGGACUGACUUCCUUCGAUCCCUCAUAGCAGCCAUCCUCUACCUGAUAACCUCCAUUGUUGUCCUUGUGGAGGGAGGCAACAGCUCCAAAAUUGUUGCAGGGGUACUGGGCCUAAUUGCUACAUUUCUCUUUGGCUAUGAUGCCUACUUCACCUUCCCUCUUCGGCAGCAAAGACAUACAGCAGCUCCCACUGACCCCACAGAUGGCUCGGUGUAGGUGAACCUUAUUCAUCUCUCUGUGACCUGCAAAUAGCCUCUCCAGAGACAAAUCUC